AUGCAUUCAACUUUGGGAUUCAAAGUCGAAACCUUUAAGCAGUUCUUCAGGUUUAUAGCUUCUCAUAGCUUUUGUUCAUUAAAAUCUAAUAUCCCCACCAACCCAAAUCCAAAAACACUUAACCAGCUGCUAAAUCAGCGACCACCGUUGUUGCAACUCAAGCAAGUACACGCUCGAGUCAUCACCCAAUCACUGACAUCAUAUUCCAUUCUGAUCGACUCUCUAAUCCAUUGCUAUCUAUCAACUAAUAGCCUCACUUUUGCAAGAACGCUAUUCGAUCAUUACCCUGAUUAUCCCCCACCGAUUUUGUUAUGGAAUCUAGUGAUCAGAUCCUAUUCCAAACUCCAAAAUUCUCCAGAACCCAUCUAUCUUUUUCGCCAAUUGAAUGCAAUUAAAGAGAAUCCCUUAAUUGUCCCAGACAAAUUCACAUUCACUUUCUUGAUCACGUCAUGCACACACCAAAACUCAGAAUUACAUGGAAUGAUCGUGCAUGGUAUAAUCAUAAAAAAGGGGCACGUAAAUAAUCUCUACAUUGGUAACUCCCUAAUAAAUUUGUACGCUGUAUUUCAUAAACUACACGACGCACGCAAGGUAUUCGAUGAAAUGCCUGAAAGAGACGUCUUCUCAUGGACCAGUCUUCUAGGUGGGCAUGUCAAGCAAGGCGAAAUCACAAUUGCCUCUGAAAUCUUUACAAUGAUGCCCAUACGCAACACAGUAUCUUGGGCAGUUAUAAUUUCUGGAUUCCUAGAUUGUGGCAGGUAUAUCGAUGCCCUUUCAUAUUUCCAUGAUAUGCUAAGACAAUCUCAUGACACAAAAAACCCUAACGAGGCUGUUCUUGUGUGUGCUUUAUCUGCUUGUGCUAAUCUCGGGGCUUUAGAUCAAGGAAAAUGGAUUCAUGCCUACAUAGUCAAGACAGCUGUUAACAACACAUCUAACAUCUUAACUGCUCUAAUUGAUAUGUAUGCAAAAUGUGGGAUGAUAGAUUCUGGAUACCAAAUCUUUCACAAGAUAGCUCAACCAGAUGUUUGCAACUACACAAGCAUGAUCUCUGGAUUUUCAGCUCAUGGUCUUUGUAGGGAUGCCCUCCAAGUGUUCGAUCAAAUGCUAGCUGAAGACAUUGCACCCAAUGAGGUCACACUUCUUGGUGUCUUAAAAGGAUGUAGCCAUUCGGGUUUGGUAAAUGAAGGUUCUUUGAUUUUCCACAACAUGGAGAGAUUAUGGAAAAUUAAACCCAAAGUUGAACAUUAUGGUUGCCUUGUUGAUUUAUUAGGUCGUGCUGGCUACUUGAAGAUGGCUUUAUUGAUUGCAAUCAAGAUGCCUUUGGAUGCCGAUGUUGUUAUAUGGAGGGCGUUGCUUAGUGGUUGUAGGAUAUAUAAGGAUGCGAGUCUUGCAGACAAGAUUAUUGCGUAUGUUGAGCAAGGGUAUUGUGGUAAUUUCAUUGGAAGUGAAGUGCUUCUUUCGAACCUGUAUGCUUCUUUAAGUAAAUGGGAAAGAGUUGGCGAAGUACGAAAAGUAAUGAGUGAGAGAAAGAAGGAAUCAGAAUCAGAAUCAAAUGUUGGAUGUAGUUGGAUUGAGGUGGAUGGUGUGGUUCAUGAAUUUCGUGUUGAUGACAACUUGCACCCACAAAUUGUGAAGCUAAAUGAGGUUUUGAAUAGGCAAAUUGUGGAGGUUUAA